AGCACUGGUGAAAAACAGAGUGCAGGGAGUCAGAGGGAGAAGGAAAUGCUAACCAUGGCAUGUUUGGAAGAGCUGAAGGGCUGAAUCCUGAUCUCUGUUGCCUUUUCUGGGUGCAGGAUCCAGCACAUGGAAAAUGCAUUAACAAGCUAGAGAUGGAAGGUCCAGACCUGUGUAAAACUUGCUUUGCCCAUAUUGAAAGGAGUUGACAGUACAUGGCUGAGGUGGACCUUCACCAAAACUCUGGAGAUUCAAAUCUUAAACUGGGAGAAAUGUCUUGGAAGUCAUGACUGAAACUGAGAAUAAUGCUCUGUUGUCAGGGCUGGAGCAAGUAGACUGUUUCCUUGCAAGAUUUUUUAGCCUCUGCAAACACUCUUCCUCUGGCUAAAUAGGUUUUUAACCAAGGUCCUCUCUCAGGCCUCCUUCUCCUGCUUCCCCUGUUUAUUUACUGGGCCAGCUCUUCCCUCUUAGCUUUGUGGGUUGACUCUAGACCUGUGCAUUAGUGCUCGUGUCUGGUUUAAUGCACCCAGCUGUCUCUGUCAUGGCAUCUCCAGCCUCCACUUCUGUUCCAGCCUGUGCCCACUGCAUCCUGCUCUGAUUCCUGCCUGCCUCUUAGAUCGCUCUGUGGCCCUCCUUGAUGAAUAAAAUACCAACUCCAGUGGUGAGAAUUGCCAAAAUUAUAAGCCCUGGGAUCUUUGCACCUGGGGCAGUGGAGGGUGCUUCAUCCCUUCCUUUUGCCUCCAAACUGCCCAAGCUGAGGAGUGAUGGGGAGGGUGCAGAGCAGCUGGGUUAGCUGCCCUUCCUUACAACUGGGUUUGGAGGAGAGACAUUUCCUACUCACCAGACAAAGCCAGAUAAGCCCACAAAGCCAUCAUGGCACUGGGAGCGGUGCCUGUGACAGUUGGGGCCCACUUGCACUGCUGGAGGUGUCACCUCUGCUGCUUUGCCACUGAUGUCACAGACACCUGCGUUCCAAACACUCCAUCCUCCGCUGCCCCGGCUUUCUCCCUGCUGUCCCCCAUCGGGCUGCCCCCUCCCCCAGGCAGUGUUUGUUCAUGAACAGGUGUGUGUGUGUGUCUUUCUUUCUGCUCUCUACCAGUCCUGUAAAAUCCAUCUGGAAGAGGGCAGUCAAAUGCCCAUUUUUCUGGAGGAAAAUCCUGGACAGGAAAUUCUGCCUUUGGGCUGCUGCUGGUGAUGUGUGAGCAGAUCAAAAUUCUGUCUCUUGCCCAGAUCUGUGUAUGCUUGGCUGAUCCAUUAGGACUGGAUCCACAAUCACUAAAUGGGGCUCCAGACCACGGCAGAAAACACUAGGAAGAAAGGUAUUGGAGCGAAAAUUGUUUGAGGAAUUGAUACUUUUCUAACACAAAAUUGGUCAGGAGGCAUUUUUGGUCUGGAAGUGUAGCAGGAAGAACAUCCAGACACCUGUGAGAAGGCAGUGAGCUGUCAGGCAGCUCUCUGGACAUGUGGUUGACCUGUAUGUGCUGCCCAAGCUGGCCCUGAUUAUUGGACCUGAACAGUGGUGUCUCAGUGUUCAUGGCAAGACAGACAGUGACCCUGACUCGUGUUUCUGGGCAUCAUUUUCCUAUGGUCUAGGUUACUUUCAGCUCCUAAAUACUUAUCCUCCUGUAAUCUCACCCUACAGCACUGUUACCAUGACAGGUAUUUGGUAUGUCUGUUUUCCUUCCUCUGAUCAGGACCUGCAGUCCCCAGCUUGGCUUUAACCUUUUGGAUAAGUGAAGAGAAGCAGGUUUUUGACCAAAAGCAGCCUAACACUGAGCCAGUAGAAAGACUGCUCACGAGCAGGUGACAGGAUCAUGGGAGACACGCAGAAGGGCAGCAUUCAUCAGGAACUUCAUCAGGAAGGUUCAGUGAAAGCUGAACUCCAUCUGUUCCCCUCCAGGGAGCUCACAGGAGAUUCCCUCCAGGAGGCUGAUCAAAGACAGGACCACAAGCAGGAGCUGGAAAGAGAAAGUGAGAUGGAGACAUGUUUUCCAAAGAGAUAUGAAAUGGUACCUCCUUAUGAGAUGGAAGUCUGGGGGUGCAAGGACAGUGGUAAAGCCCCUAUAAAGAAGGCUAUCCUUGCUGGGGACAGGCCAGAUCUGCCCAUGUGUGGGAAUGGUGCCAUUUGGAUUCAGCAGGUGGGGGAGAAAACCUACAAGUGUCCCGAGUGUGGGAAGAGCUUUACCCGGAGUUCAUACCUGAGCCAGCACCAGAGGAUCCACCUGGCAGAGAAACCCUUCAGCUGCUCUGAAUGUGGGAAGAGUUUCACCCGCAAUUCGGACCUGAUCAAACACCAGCGAAUCCACACAGGGGAGAAGCCCUACCAGUGCAGCGAGUGCGAGAAGACCUUCAGCCAGAGGUCUAACGUGAUCAGGCACCAGCGCACCCACACAGGAGAGAGACACUACCUGUGCAACGAAUGUGGGAAGAGCUUCAGCCAGAACUCACAUCUCAUCGUCCACCAGCGAAGCCACAAGGGUGAGAAACCCUUUAACUGUCCGCGGUGUGAGAAAAGCUUCAGCGACCGCUCCUCCCUGAUCAUACAUCGGAGGGUCCACACCGGAGAGAAGCCCCACAAGUGCCAGGUGUGUGGGAAGCGUUUCCGGGACAGCUCAGCCAUCAUUCGGCAUCAGAGGAUUCACACGGGAGAGAAACCCUACGAGUGCACAGAUUGUGGGAAGACCUUCCGGCAGAGCUCCUCGCUGGUGACUCACGUGCGAACGCACACGGGCGAGAGGCCCUACAAGUGCCCCGUGUGCGGGAAGGGCUUCAGCCAAAGCUCAGCGCUCACCACUCACCGCCGGAUCCACAGGGAAGAGGCCUUGCCUGUGUGCCAUGGCAGCCUCCUGCCCAGCCCCUUCCAGUGCAUCGAGUGUGGCCGGAGGUGCAGCGACCCCUCCACUCUGGCCAAGCAUCAGAGCCUGCACACUGAGGAGCGGCCCUACAUCUGUGUGGAGUGCGGGGACAGCUUCCGCCGGAGCUCAGCUCUCAAUGUGCACCUGAGGAUCCACCGUGCCGAGAGACCCUACAAGUGUGUCGAGUGUGGGAAAACCUUCUGGCACAGCUCGGCCCUCGGUGCCCACCUGAGGAUCCACAUGGGAACCAAGCCCUACAAGUGUGUCGAGUGUGGGAAAACCUUCUGGAAAAGCUCAACACUUAAAGUGCAUUGGAAAAUACACAUGGCCAAGAAACCUUAUAAAUGUCUGGUGGGUAGAAGAAUCCUCACCUCACGCUCACUUCUGCCAUAAGCCUGGAGUGGUGUUCAGAGCAGGAAUAUAAAGUAGUUUUUGGGGGUAGCUAAAUGCAUGGUGAGAACCAUGGUGGGAAAAGACUGACUGAAGACAUGGUAUAUCUGGUGGUAGGGUUGGGUGCUUAAUCCCAGAGGCACAAAAAACUUCAGGAGAUCUGGAAACAAGGAGUUAGUCCCAAGAGUUGAGUGCUGGGGGUUUAGGAAGGGUCGGAGUCAAGCAAGAGCCUGAGGAACGACCACCAGCUUCAGUGAAAGUGGGGACUGUGAAUAUAUGCUAGAAUAAUAACUGGGAGAACUGGGCUUGUAAAAUACAGCUAAGGCGAAGGUCAAAAUAAAGUCAAAACUUUGGUUUAGUAAGUCUACACAGUGUUUGACAAGGCAUUUCCAGAUCUUUUUGGCGUGAAAUUUUGGAGCUGAACUUCCAUCUGUCUUUUCUUUCUAUUUUCCAAAUAUUUUCUAUUUUCCAAAUCUUACACGGGACAAAGAAUUCUUACCUCAUGAUAGCUAAGUAACACAAAACUGUAAUGGCUGUUCCCAGAAAACCUGGAUGCAGAAGCUCUUCCAGUUGAAAGGCAGUCUGUAGCUUCACCUAGAUUUGUUGUUGCUAAUUUGAAACUCCUUCCAACUUGGGACAUCAACAAAACACGGACAAAAAUGUGGCCUUAUAGUAUUUAACCCUAAAAGAAAAGAUUUAUUCCCAGAUGUUCAAGUCUGAACCGGUACACGGUGAGUUCCCACUGCUGGUCCAGAGACUGAUUGCAAUAGCCUUGUUCUUUUUAUGUCACUCCUCUUUAGGUCGCUCUUGUUUCCAGAGUAUUAACAUACACAGUUCGGCAUUUAAGGACUGCCUAUUACCUAAACCUUUUCUAUAUUGCAAUGUUUUAUUGCACAUUGUGCGUUUCCACCCUAAAUAAAACCUUUUUUUUUUUUU